AGUGGACAGUACUCGUUCAGAAGUCGAAGUUCGAAGUCGUAACGUCACUCGUCACAGUCGAACUGGAGUACGUACGAGGCGCGCACGUGUGAUCGUAACGUUAGCCGCUUUCGACGUUAUAAUACAUUCAUAUUAAAAAUAUAUAUAUCAAUUAAAAAAAGAUUGACAUUAAAAUAAUUGCUAUUAUCUAAUAAAUAUAAUACGUAAGUGACUUCAGUAUUGUGUGUGACUUGAAAUUCAUUGUGAUUAGCGAAAUAUACGCAGCGUAUAUUUAUGACUAACGUCAAAUGACAUUCGCAAUGAUCGUCACAGUUCGAAGACAUUCCGACACGAAACGACACUGAACCGACUUCAAAUGAGUCUCUAAUUUAUAAUUUGAAAGAAUUGAAUAAAAAGCUUUCAAGAUGUAUAGCCUUCAUGAAAUCCCGUCCAUAGCCACUGAACUGACCACCGAGUUCUUUGAUAGCACAUUCAGCACGGACUUUCUGUACAACGGCACGGAUUCUUCAGACAUUGGAUAUUUAAUGCAUAAUGUUACGAACUCAACCGUUAAUAGUUCCAUGAGGCCCGGGGGCAAGAUGUUCGGGUUGAUCGUGAAGAUUGUGUACGCCAUCGGAAUUAUUGGUAACGCAGCGGCCAUCGUGGCACUGAGACGAGGCGAGCGACGUGUACGGAAUCGCAAACACUUGCUGCUUCUCACCUCUCUGGCUGCAAAUGAUUUGGUCGCCCUGAUGGGUAUGAUGGGUGCGUUGCUGGUGUCGGAGCAGUGGCCGUGGGCGCGGGAGACGCGCGUGUACUGCGCGGCACGCGUUGUGCUGCGUGUGUUCGGUGUGGGCAGCGUGUGCAUCGCCGUCACCAUGGCGCUCGAGAGAUACCUUGCGCUCACCAGACCGUUUCUAUACCAGAAGCAAGUGACGUACUACGUGAUCCGCAUGGCGCUUCUCGUGUCGUGGUUCUGGGCGGCGGCGCUGACCUGCGCGCCGGUGCUCGGCGUCGGCUUUUACUACGAUGAGAAGAGCAAAUGCUGCACGAGAUACCGGAACGCUACUUCUGGACUCAACUUUGGAUAUGCCGUCUUCUAUGUUAUGUUUGGUACACUCCUGUGCACAGUAUUAGUGUAUUGCAACCUCGCUGUGAUCAGGGCACUCUACGCUAUCACGGCUCCAAGAGGUGGAGGUCCCCCAGUCGUGCGUAGGGUUUCCAAGAGCAGUUGUCGGCAACGCAACAACACCGCGCAUGCGCACCACAACGCAGCCACCGCCGAAGAGGUCGCCUUCAGCAGACUGAUGGCCACGCUCUCCGUGCUGUUCAUGAUUUGCUGGUUACCACAAAUGGUAACAUCAGCUCUUUACUUGGGUCUGGGACAGUCAGCCUGGCCACGUCUCGGCACGCUGGCAGCUCUUUCUGACGUGCUGAUGCUACUCAACUACGUACUGGACCCAAUACUCUACGUGCUGAUGCGGCAGCGCCGUCACCUCUCACCGACGGCGCUUUGCCAUUCCAUUGCACACUGCUUCAAGCGGAAUCACAAAACAUCGACCGAGUCGAUGAAGACAUCGUGCUGCCCGCAGGAAACGCUCGUGGUGAGCGAAAGCUCGGGUGCGGAGCUGAGGCCGCUGCGUGCGCCCGUCUGCGCCGCACUCGUCAAGAUACACGACUGAUGGGCCGCGGACGUCGGACACAGCCCUCACACGCGACGAUAGAUCGUUGGCAAAUAAUUUAAUAUACUCAUUGAAGAUAUAUACUUUAGUCUACAAACUUCAGAACAAGCUAACCGAAAGAAUCUUUGAAAAUCAUAAUCAAUCAACUUCCCAAAUUGUCUCUCUGAUA